AUGGCGUCAACUGGAUAUACGCGUUCAUUAUUGUUGGAUGAUUUAGGCUUCCCUGAAAGUCUACUAGAUGUUUUCGAGCAGUGCGGGAUCGGAUUAUUCGAAUUAAUAACCUUCUCGAUUGAAGAGUUACAGUGUCAUUUGCAGCAAACGGAUGCUGAUUGGAAAAUUGAGGUUAUUUUUGAAGCUAUAAGUUCCUGGCGAAAAAGAAAUAAAUCAGCGAUCCUCAGUGCAUUAACCAGCAACGAACUUCCCGGAAAUGGAGGAGCAAACGAACCCUGUGAGUCAAGUGGAAGCGUGCUGAAUACACAUGCACUUGAAAGAGAGCAGCGAGGCUUAUUACUUACACCCGUCAAUGAAUCGACCGAUUCGGGAAUUGUGUCUACAAAAACAGUAGGCUGUGUACCCCUUGAAAUAAGAAGUCAGAUUGACUCUGAUUCAUUAUGUACCGGAAAUGAGUCCUCAAAAAUACUGGACGAACUUGAGCUGCUAGAUGUAAGCCAGAGCACGCCAUCAGUGUCGUCGAAUGGCGAGGCGGAACUAGCGACUGCUAGUGUUUCAGCUAGUUUUAAUGACGGGAUCGAAACGAACGAAACCGAGCGUAGACAGGAAAAACAAAACAACGAGGAACACCCACCAUAUUCAUCUGAUACUGUGUUUUCUCCAAGCAUUUUAGCAGCGCUCUUGAAAAAUUCAGAGGAAGGGAAAGAUAUUUUGCGUAGAUCAACACUUGGCGAACUGAGCGAGGCCAAACAACUGGCAUUAGCUGGUAUUAUCGCCAAAUAUCAUCUGGCGACUAAGGAUCAACUUCGCGUGGAUGAUUUGGAGAGAUAUGCUUUGGCUAUAACUACAAUCUUUAAAUCGGAACGCAAGGAGAGUUAUUACAUUCCCCGAGGUGGAGACCGUCGUAAUCACGGCGGUAAAAUAAUAAAUAAAAUUGGAAAUUUAAAACAAAAGAAGAGAAAAAGCGACGCAAAGGAAGAAGAACAUUUGAAAAAACUCAAAUCAGGCGAGUCAACAUGCGAUGCACCCUCCGACAGCAAACAAUCGAUUGAAGCAUAUGAAUGGUUAGCUUUGAAUGAUACGCCGUGGUCUACAGUACUUGACAAAUGGUCAAUAAGUUUUGAUUCGCGUAAAACGAUACUAGGAGACAAAAAGCUCGUCAACAAAGCCUUAAGAUUGUAUGGGCAUUACAAAAAUUCGAAUGGUUUUCAGUUGAUUGAUAUUGAUUUUCGACUACUCACAUUGGGUGGAACUAGUGGAUUGCAAGUAUUAGUUGCUAUUCGCCCUGCGUUAAUUGCUUACAUUUCAAACACGGCGUUGGAUCCAUCUGCUGAAGGUUUAUUGAGAUUAUUGAAAAGCACUACUACAAGCGAAGAUGUUAAACAUUGUGCGCUGUUGCUAGGAUUGCACACAGUACUACCUCCAAUCGCAGCAGGAUCCCGAUACAAACCCACAAUCUGUACGGCCCAAGACGAUACCAUUGUCUUUGCAGAAUCUUUAGACGCAGCUAUAGAAAAAGUUCGAACAAUCUGUAUGGGCUACGAGGAACGCAAUCUACCAAUUGUUCCAAAAUUAAUUACUAUUGGAACAGAAGUAUCUCGAAUCGAUGGCCCAUUUUAUAUAUGGUAUAACGAAAUACUCUAUGAAGUGAACACAGCUGCAAGAGCAACGGACGUACUUCUAAAGCUGUCUGCAAUAUUCGGAUUACCUUUUUCGAAGGUGUCUAAGUUGGUGUGGCACUUCAUAAGCUCUUAUGCAUAUUCGAUCCGCCAGCGUGAGUCAUAUGCUGCAAUAAAUCGUCUGGAAAAGUAUUUGUCUGCUCAGCACAUAUCAUCAGUAACCAAAAAUGAUUAGUUGUAUGCUAUCUGACUGUAAGUUUAUAUUUUCUAAUGUAAGCGAUUAUUUCGAUCAUCUUAAAAAUUACCAUGUAGUACCAGUAGAUUAUCGGUAUAGAUGUACUGUAAUGAAUUGCAAUCAACUUUUUUCAAAGCUGUAUCCUUUUAAAAAGCACAUGAGCAGGCAUUCAAUAACAGGUUUAGCAACAGAAAGCUUUAGUCACCAGUCAAAUGAAUCGAAUCAUGAGAGCAGGGAAUCAAACUACAGCCAAAAUUCAAAUAAAAAACAAAAAGUUGAUUCAAAUGAACAAAAUACUCUUUCAAAAUACCUAUCUCCAACGUUUGAAGCGAUUGAUAAAUCAACGGCGGAUUUUACGUUAAGUAUGCAUAUGAAGAACAAUUUUACGCGCAAGGAUGUAUACGACAUUCAACGUAGAGUCUCAUUAAUCUUCAAAGAAGUUGCUUGCCAAAUGGAAUUGUUGGAUUUAAAGUUUGCAGAUCCUGAAAUUGAGUUUAAUUUUAAAUGUUAUCUCUCCAAACUUAAACAAAUGUUUUCUUUAAUCAGUUCAGACCACAACUUUUUUAAGUAUUUACGCACACAUGGAUUUAAAUUGCCUGUAAUCAUUGCUAUUGAAAAUGAUAACAUUAUUAAUAAGCCAGCCGA